CACACAUAUACACACAUUUGCAACUAUGCACACACACACUCACACACACAUACAUGCACACUCACAAAUAUACACAUACUGAUAGCAGAUUGCCAACAUGAACUUGUGGACUUACACUGCUGGAAUAUAUGCAGCGUUUUGGGAUACAGAGAAUGGAUUAGUAUUUCUAUGAAAGCUUUUAGGCUGUAGGAUCUUCCUCUCAAAAUAACAAUACAAAAGAAAACAUUUCCUUGGAUAUUUAUGGACCUUUAAAGGUGAAUUUAAUUAGGUUUCAUUUGAAUCAGUUGCUCUUUCCCAUGAGACUGGCAUGCCAGCAACAGUCGAAAGUGGAUGAGUUCAGGAAAUUUUGGGGUGAUUAUAAUUAAUACACGUUAAGGAUGAAAAGUCUAGGAAUAGUGCCAAGUGGGUUACAGAAAAUGCUCCUGCCAAGCAAGGGUGUAAUGUUUGUUAUCUCUAAAGGAAGACAAGUGGUUUGUUUUGGACUAUACAAGCCUAUAUUUAAACUGAGCAAUGCGAGGCUUCAAUACUUCCCCAAUUGGCUUUUUGGAAAUCUUCUCAUAUGACUGGUUUCUGUUUAGCAUUUCAAUGCAGAAAUAAGAACAAGAGGAUACACAGUUUCACAGAGAGCAUUCAGAAAGGACCCUCUACAGAGUUAUCUAAAGUACAGGAUGCAUCCAUCCAAAUACUGCUCUCAAAUGUAGUAUUGGAUAAGAAGGAGCACUGAAGUAUGUGAAAAGGGAUUCAGCAACUGAAGUCAUUUCAGUCAACACUUUGAGUGAUGCAUUUCUCAUAUGAACAUGUUUAGCUGUUCAAGCUGUUUUCUGGAAGUGUUUUCAAGGAAGUCCUCAUAUUGAUGAUGUGGUUCUUUGCAUGCAUCCUCCCACCUAACUGUUAUCCAAGAAGUACUUAUACAGUAUAUACUAUGCUUCCCACACAGGUUUUCAUCUGAUGUUCCUGUUUCAAAGGUGGACAAUGUUGGAUUUAUAUAUGUAUUUAAAUCUUUUUUGGAAAGAAUGUGUGAGGCAUAGCCUCAGAAAGGACUAAUUCUUGGAAAGAAAAGAUACAUUGUAUCAUGUUGGAAUAUGAAAAUUAAGAGCUGUCAGUCACCUGGCUAAGAUGAAAUAUAAAAGAAGCACUAAAUUACUUGAGAAAUAAUUGCGUCAGGAAACAGAAAAUGGAUACGACCUGGAGCAAUGACUUCAAUCCCCUUUGCAAUAUCUGAUUCUGUAUCAACAUUGGCUUUCCUGUGAUGCACUGAAUUCUAUUUGAAGGAGUAAGACAGGUAGACAAGCAAUUGGAUUAUUCUCUAAGCAAUAUCUUUGGAAAAAUACCUAACGACUCAGACAUCUGAUCCUGAUGGAAAGAGGAAUAGCAGGAUAAUCAGAUGGAGGGAAGAGUAAGAAAAAAGGUAGAAAAAUCAGAAGUACUGAAACAAGUAUUAAGAAAAUAGCCAGAGGCAAGAAAAUGGCAUAAACAAAGACUGAGCUGACCGAUACCUCUACACCUUUGAACCUAUGUGGUUCUUUAGUGAGGGUUUUGACAGACCAGAAGCACUCAGUUAUAGGUUCUACUGCAAUCCAGAAGACUUCCAAUGAUCUCUUAGAGGAUUUCUUUAGCAUUUUCCAACUGUCCUGAAUGACUACGGCCAGCCUUUGGAAAUGUUUGGUAUUGCCUUGUGAUCUACAAUGGAAAAGCUAAUUUGUAGCAUCUUGGUAUUUGGAGUGGCAGCAGUUGUUGAAGCUUGUCCUAAAUAUUGUCUCUGCCAGAAUCUGUCUGAAUCACUAGGCACCCAUUGCCCAGCUAAGGGACUCCUGUUUGUUCCAUCAGACAUUGAUCGAAAAACUGUUGAGCUUCGGCUUGGAGGAAACUUUAUAAUUAGUAUCACUAAACAAGACUUUGCCAAUAUGACAGGACUUGUUGACCUCACGUUGUCUCGAAAUACUAUCAGCUAUGUGCAGCCCUAUUCAUUUGUUGAUUUAGAAAGUCUCCGGUCUCUGCAUUUAGAUAGCAACAGAUUGACUAGCAUUGGAAGCAAUGACCUAACAGGUCUAAUAAAUAUCCAGCAUUUAAUUCUUAACAAUAAUCAGCUUGGCAGCAUCUCAGAUGAUGCAUUUGAAGAUUGUUUACUUACACUGGAAGACUUAGAUCUUUCAUAUAAUAAUCUCCGAAGUAUUCCAUGGCAAGCUGUAAGGAGAAUGGUCAACCUGCAUCAGCUUAGCCUGGAUCAUAAUCUGUUGGACUACAUAAUGGAGGGUACAUUUCUAGACCUUCAGAAACUAGCUCGAUUGGAUUUGACCUCAAACAGACUUCAAAAGCUUCCUCCUGAUCCAAUCUUUGCAAGGUCACAAAUAUCAUUUGUCUCUUCAACUCCAUCCGCACCACCAUUAUCUCUCAGUUUUGGAGGUAAUCCACUGCACUGCAACUGUGAGCUUCUUUGGUUACGAAGACUUCAGAGGGAUGAUGACAUGGAAACCUGUGCUUCUCCCCCUGCAGUCAAGGGAAGGUAUUUCUGGUAUGUUCGAGAAGAGGAGUUCAUCUGUGAGCCACCUCUAAUCACCCAACAUACUCAUAAACUACUGGUAUUAGAAGGACAGUCUGCAUCUCUGAAAUGCAAAGCAAUUGGUGACCCACCACCCGUUAUACACUGGGUGGCACCAGAUGACCGGCUAAUUGGAAACUCUUCAAGGACCAUUGUUUAUGACAAUGGAACUUUGGACAUUGUUAUUACUUCCUCAAAGGACUAUGGCAUCUUCACCUGUAUAGCAGCCAAUGCUGCGGGAGAAUCUACUGCAUCUAUAGAAUUAUCUAUUAUUCAGCUCCCUCAUUUAAGUAAUGGAACAGGCCGCAGUUCUCAACCAAAAUCAAGGCUCUCUGAUAUCACAAGCUCAACCAAGUCUAGCAGAGGAGAGGCAAAGGCCCCACCUGAAAGGGCAGUCAGCAUUUCAGAGGUGACAGCUAAAUCAGUGCUCGUCAAGUGGUCAGUGAGCAAAUCUGCUCCUAAAGUUAAAAUGUAUCAGCUACAGUACAACUGCUCUGAUGAUGAAGUCCUUGUAUACAGGAUGAUCCCACCAUCGCAAAAAUCCUUCAUUGUUAACAACCUGGUGUCUGGAAUAUUAUAUGACUUAUGUGUCCUAGCAGUAUGGGAUGAUACAGCUACCACGCUAACAGCCACUAACAUAGUUGGCUGUAUCCAGUUCUACACCAAAGAGGACUAUACUCAGUGUCAUUCCAUGCAUAGUCAGUUCUUGGGAGGAACAAUGAUUUUGAUUAUUGGAGGCAUAAUUGUGGCCACAUUAUUGGUGUUCAUUGUUAUACUAAUGGUAAGAUAUAAAUAUCGUAAUGGCUCCAAUGCUAAAAUGGCAAAUGUCAGCAAUGUCUACUCCCAGACGAAUGGUGGGCAGAGUCUUCAAAAUGGAGUUUUGCCACAGGUUAAUCCAAAAGUGGUGAUGAGAGAUGAACUUGUGGAGUUUAACUGUGGAUCAGAUCACAGUAGUGUGUCCUCUUCAUCUAGCUCCUUGGCAAGCCAUGAUUGUGAUAACUAUAGUCUCCACAGUAACAGAAGUACUCUAUCUAAUAAGUGGAAGUCAACAGGCAGGUCCAAGCACAAUCUGGAUCGCCUCAUGGGGGCUUUUACUUCACUUGAGUUAAGAUGUCAAAGAAAAGAAGAUGUACCAGACUCAAAACCCUCAACCUCAGUUCAACAUUCAGACAAAGAACCUCUUCUAGGCCACACAGACUCUAAAUUUAGAAGCCUUUUACUGUUGCCCUUGGAGACCAAACCUAAACGUAGCCAUUCAUUUGAUAUGGGGGACUUUGCUUCCACACAGUGCUGCACAUACCCUAAAAAGAUAUCCAAUAUCUGGACUAAAAGAAGUCUCUCCGUCAAUGGUAUGCUUUUGCCGUAUGAGGGUAACGAACUUCCUGAAGCAAAAGGGACAUUAGGUAGUUCAGAAUGGGUAAUGGAAAGCACAGUGUAAACUGACGUACCAGCCUAAAUAAUUAGUUUUGUUUCAAGAGAGAUCUGCAUUUGGGAAAAACUCUUCUCCUCCUCUGUAAGAAGAAUGCAGAAUGGAAACCUUCUGGUUAUUCCUUGGAAAAAACGGGAGCUGACCUAUGAAUCUAGCAAUGGGGACUUCUAAAAUGAUUUCGGAUAAGAGAGCAUUCUGAUAUAUACGGUGUUCUUAAUGUCUCCUAGAGGGCUGUCAUUCUUAAACAGUCUAAAAGAAGUAAAUACUGCAAAUGCAGGUCAUGUUAAGAAUGUCAGAUUAAAGGUUGUCAUUUUCAAAAGCCCUUUCAGAAUUCAAACCAAAGGGUAUGUGUCCCAUUAAUGUUAUACAAGUUUUCAUAUACCACGGACAAAUUGUGUGGGACGCAGUGCAUUACGUUUGUCUAAAUUCUUUGGUAGAUGCAUUGCCUGCAAUGUGUCUCAAGUGUAAUAAAGAAUGAAGGAAUAGGAGGACCAAAUGUAUUUGUGUCAGAUGCUCAUUUCAAGAUUAGUGCAGAACAUAAGGGACAGUUUUAGUUUUUCCUUCAUUUCUUUUACUCAGGCUAGCUCUACAAUUCCUCGCCAGAUAUAUUAUUUCAGGGAGUUGUUUAACCAUUAUCAAAACAUGUAAUAGACAUUGAAUAAAAUGAUGGGAUUUGAGUUCAUUUAAUUUAUUGAUGCAGAUCAUUUACUGUUAUUUGUCACAAAGUAAAGCACACACUCACACACUUUUGUUUUGGUCAAAUUAUGUGUUCAGGAGCAGAUAAAUGUACCUAGUGAAAAAAAAAAAAUUACAGUCCUUAUAAUAAACUAUAAGCAUCACUAAGAACAGCAGAAUAUUCUGACAUGGUCUGUUGUAAUACAGUCCUUAGGAUCACUGAUAAAAGGGAAAGUACAAGGCAAGUAAUAACAAUAUGCAUAUUCAAUAUGUUUAGCCAUUUAACAUCUAAUUUGCAUAACUGUUUGGAGUUUUAAUACUGUAAAUAGAAGAGCAAUGGUAUAUAGUCAACAAUUUUCUCAGUGAAAUAGCACUUUUUUCAGCCAUCUAAA